AUGGCGAAAGACAAGAAAGGGAAGAGUGAGGCCAAGAAGGCCAAACUCGCCGAAAAGAAGCAGAAGCAGGAGAAGAAGGGCGAGAAGAAGGCCAAGACCAAGGCAGCUAAAAUGGACGGCAGUGAUGCCGAAGACGUUGACCUAGACCAAGUGCUUGAGGAGUAUAAGAGACAGCAGGAACAAUUUCUCAAGAUCACGGAAACGGUGGCGGAGGGCCCCCCAAAGCCGCGGUCGGCAUCAACCUUCCUGGCUUCGCCUUCAAACAGCAACCAGCUGCUGCUAUUUGGUGGGGAGUAUUUUAAUGGCGCCCUGGCGACAUUCUUCAAUGAUUUGCAUAUCUACUAUGUUGAUCGUGAUGAAUGGCGCACAGUCACAUCCCCUAAUGCGCCCCUCCCACGGUCAGGACAUGCCUGGUGCAGAGGUGGGAACCAGGCAAACUUCGUCUACCUCUUCGGCGGUGAAUUCAGCUCUCCCAAGCAAGGUACAUUCUACCAUUACAAUGAUUUUUGGCGUCUCGAACCAAACACGAGAGAAUGGAUGCGACUGGAACCCAAAGGCAAGACACCUCCAGCUAGGAGCGGUCACCGCAUGACGUAUUACAAGAAUUACAUUAUUCUCUUUGGCGGCUUCCAGGAUACUGCGAAUCAGACCAAGUAUCUUGCCGACCUAUGGCUAUACGACACUCAGAACUUCGUCUGGUUCAACCCGACCUUGCCGCCGGCACAGCUGAAACCUGAUGCGCGAUCAUCGUUCACUUUCCUCCCUCACGAGCAGGGUGCGGUGUUGUACGGUGGUUAUUCACGUGUCAAGGCCACGGUUGCCGCCAACAAGCAAGCAAAGUCUGGGUCACAGGGACAAAGAAAUAUCCUCAAGCCUAUGAUCCAUCAAGACUGCUACUUCUUGAGAAUUACGCAGCCACCAGCGGAUGCGCCGCCAAAUACACCUCCCACAGUGCGAUGGGAGAAGCGCAAGAAGCCAGCCAACACACCCGAGCCUAAGCGUGCUGGCACCACGAUGGCUUUCCACAAGGGAAGAGGGAUCCUGUUUGGCGGAGUGCAUGAUGUAGAAGAGAGCGAGGAGGGAAUGGACAGUGAAUUCUUCAACGGCCUAUUUGCGUGGAAUAUCGAGCGCAACCGCUUCUUCCCGUUGACAUUGCGCAAGGCUCGAACACAGAAAAAAGCGCCAGCAGAACAGCGAGGUGGCAGACGUGCUAGAGCACAGGAUAGAGAAGAGGAGCUACUACGACAGCUGGCAGCCCUCGAGACAGGCGCUAGUAUAGAAGAUGCUGAUACGAUGGAGCUCGACAAGACGGCUGCUGAGCCGGAUGAAGACGAGAAACCGCUACGAGAAAUGCCUGUAACGAUGGAUCUGCCGCAUCCGAGAUUCAAUGCGCAGCUAGCUGUGCAGGAUGAUGUACUGUAUAUUUAUGGUGGCACAUUUGAGAAAGGGGAUAGGGAAUUCACUUUCGAUGAUUUGUACGCCGUCGAUCUCGGUAAGAUGGAUGGCUGUAAAGAGAUAUUCACUCGGCCGGUCGAGGACUGGAUUGAGUCCGAGGAUGAGGAGGAUGACGAAGACGACGAAGACGAGGACAUGGACGAUGAAGAGGAUGAGGAUAUCGAAAUGGAAGAUGAUGAACCGAAAAGCUUCUCACCAAGCAAGCGGAAGAAGAAGCAGGCGGACGAGCUCUCGGAAGCUAGCACGGAUUCAUCGGCAUCAACGUCGAUUUCUGAAGAAGAGGAAAGUGAAGCUGACACGACUGCCACGUCAGUUGACGACGGCCUUCCACAUCCUAGACCAUUUGAAUCUCGACGGGAUUUCUUUCAGAGGACAUCCAACGAAUGGCAAGAGAUUCUCAUGCUAAGUCUAAGAUGGAAGAAUAUCCAGCCGGAAAGUCUGUCUGUCAAAGAAAUCAAAACAAGGGCAUUUGAGUUGAGCGAGGAGAAGUGGUGGGAUUGUCGUGAGGAAAUUACUGCUCUGGAAGAUGAGCAAGAGGCUGCUGGUAUAGGAGAGGUUGUGUCUCUUGCUGAUAGGGCCACUGGUGGUGGUACAGGAGCUGGCGCCGGUAGAAGACGAUGA